ACGUUGCACAAAAUAGAAAUAAAAUAAAUGGUUUUAGUAUAGUCUGCGAAAAUUUUAUCAUGCCUUGAAUUUUUGGUAAGUAAUAGUUUUUCUAUGUGUAUACUAAAAAUUGUAGUUUGUUUACAAGAAAGUAAACAAAUUGCAAGGUAGAAAUGAUAAUUGUUAUGUUCUCUUUUUGAAAUAAUAUAAUACUUGGUCAUCAAUUCUGCUUUCUCAUAGAUUUAAAAAUCAAAAACAUAAUGCUUUAUAAACGCUUUCAUUAUUUUAAACUGUGGGUAACUGUGGUAUCGUAAAUUGAAAACAGAAUGACUUGAAACCAUAGCUGACAUGGCUGAGAAAGAAGCAUUGGUCCAUAGGUUGGAUUAUUAUUAUGAUCUUGUUUCUGCACAAAUACUUCAACACCAAAGUUUAGCGCAUGGUCUGUUCCCAUUAAAUGUCAAUGAUAAAACACAUACCGAAGGACAUGUGCGGGACAAUGUGUAUUGUGCGAUGUGUGUAUGGGCAGUUGGCUUAGCCUACAGGCAUAUUGAUGAUGAUGAUGGACGAAUACAUGAAUUAGAACAAAGUGCUGUCAAGUGCAUGCGUGGUAUUCUGUUUUUCUACAUGCGUCAAGCCCACAAGGUUGAAAAAUUUAAAACAGAUCAACAACCUGCUCAUGCACUUCAUUGUAAAUUCGAUGUCAACACCGCUGAUGUGUUUUAUGAGAAUGAGAAACAUAAUUUGCAGAUUGAUGUGGUUGCGUUAUAUUUACUUGCAUUGGUUCAAAUGAUCACAUCAGGUUUAAGUAUUAUUUUCACAACUGACGAAGUUAACUUCAUACAAAACUUAGUUUACUAUAUUGAGCGUACAUAUCGAAUAGCUGAUUAUGGCAUGUGGGGAAGAGGAACUCGAUAUAAUAAUGGAAAUAGAGAAUUGCAAGCCAGUUCUAUAGGUAUGGUAAAAGCUGCGUUAGAGGCAAUUAAUGGGUUUAAUAUGUUUGGCAAUAAGGGCACAAUAUCAUCUGUAAUUUAUGUUGACCCAGAUGCCCACUUCAGAAACAGUUCUACCCUCCAUGCAUUGCUACCACGUGAAUCUAACUCGAAGACCACUGAUGCUGCUUUACUGACAAUCAUUGGCUUCCCUGGAUUCUCAAUAAAUGACCGGGCUUUACGUAAUGAAACAAAGUUACGAGUUGUCAAAGAAUUGUCUGGUAGGUUUGGUAUGAAAAGGUUUAUACGUGAUGGUUAUGGUACUGUGUUGGAAGACAAAAAAAAAGAAUAUUAUCAAAAAGCAGAUCUAAAGCAAUUCGAGAAACUAGAAAGUGAAUGGCCGAUGUUUUUCGUAUAUUUAGCAUUGGAAGCAAUCUUCAGCGGUGAUGAUUCAGGAGGUGGCUACUUGAACCAACUUGAAUCGCUUCUUACAUACACAAAACAUGGUAAAACAAUACCGAAGUAUUAUUAUGUCGCAUCUGCUGACAUUGCAUUGGAGCGUAAAACACCUGGUGAAGCGGUACGCUGGCCCAACGACGAUUUAGAUGAUACCUUCUUAUGGGGACAAUCUUUGUUAAUAAUAGCUUCUAUGUUAUCGGAAAAAUUAAUUUCUGUCAGUGAAUUAGAUCCUCUUGGGCGCUCCUCGUAUGCUAAAGCCAAAUACAAGUUCUCCAGAAUGGCAAGCCAUAGAUAUUCGUCAUUUCAGGUUGGUGGUUCUGAUUUGGUUGUACAAGUAUGUUUAAUAUCCGAAGAUAGAACUUUGCAAGCCAACUUGGCUACGUAUGGUAUAGAGACACAGACACCAAAGGAGAUUGAACCUAUUGUUAUUUGUCCACCACGUGAUUUGGUUCGGGUGUACGAAGAACUUGGUAAAAACAACAAAUUAAAACUAUCUGGUCGACCAAAACGUCCUCUUGGAUCACUUGGUACCAGUAAAAUGUACCGGAUUCUUGGAAAAACAGUAGUAACUUAUCCGAUUAUUAUCGAGGAGAAGGAUUUUUAUAUGUCGCUUGACAUGUCAUUGAUGAUCAGUGAUCUCAAGAAUUCACUCGCAUAUAUCAGCAAAAGUUGGAACAUGCUAGGACGCCCUACUCUGUGCCUUUUUCUUCGUGACCACAACUUCAGGGGCCUUCAUUCGUCUGAAAUGGUCGAUUUUAUGGCGCAAUUUAAAAAUGGGGAAGUGAACGGUGUGAAAGUGAAACUGGGUAAAAUGCAGACUUUGAUGUCAACAGGCUGUGUGGAACAUUUAGAUUAUCUAAAAAGACAACAUUGCGCUUACAUUUCCGUAAUCACAAACAAAGACGAAAGCCAAUUCUUAACUCCAUCAGGAUUCGAAUCUGUAUACCAUCCAAUCAGCUCGCCACCGUACGAAUGCGAAGAGGAGAAAGAACACGCGAUACACACGUUAAACACGUUCGAAAUCGUGCAAAUUUACGGCCGCGUGCAAAACUUAAAGACACGUAUGAUGUUACUGCAAGAAGUGAAGCAAAGAGAGGGGGCUGCUUACUCGAUAAAUGAUACAUCAGUUGAAGACUGCAUCAACGAGGUGUACUUGCAGGCUUGCUACGUUCAUAACUGGUCGGUGGUGAGAAGAGGCGCUAGUUUACUUGGAAAGACGGUGGCUAGUCUUGCUCCUUCAAUCACCAGUAUGCUUGUCAGUGGCAAACAGGUCAGCUUUGGUGUAUUUGGUCAACAAGAGCAUGUUAUUAAUGAACCAUUGACACCAGCUGCGAUCGUGCAAAUUAUUUACCAAGUAUGCAUGCCGCACGAUCCACGUGAAGUAUCACUUCAACAAGAGAUGGUUAUCUAUCUAGCAAGUGUUGUUGCAACAAAGCCACACCUUUUCACUGGAAUGUUAAAAAUCAGAGUGGGCUGGAUCAUCGAGGCAAUGAAAAAUCGUCUCUUGUCGUGUGAUUUCAAAGAAGAUGGUGCUACACCAACGAAAACUGCGAUUUACAAUUUGUAUCCUGAACAAGUACGACAGCUUGCAUCUGCAACUCUUGCAGGCCGUGGCUCUUUUGGAAACUGUGACAUCACGCCAAAAAAUAUGUUUGAAAAAAGAAGUUUGGAAGGAGCGCUAAACAAAGUUCCAAAUGGUUUUUAUGAAAGAGUUUGGGAUAUUUUGCAACGUGUUCCUGGAUUGAUAUACAAAAAGCACACACUCCCACAAGAGCCAGUCUUGACAGAAAUGACGGUCGACGAAACUGCGUUUAAAUUGCGUGUGGAAGAUAUGUUACUGGAAGCCAUACAACCUGAAGAUAGACAAAUUCUCGUUGAGUUAAUAAUGGUAAUAUCAACGAUAUUAAAUCGAAAUCCAGAACUCCAGUUGCAAUCACACAUAAACUUAGGAUAUCUGAUAGAAGACGCGAUCAAGAUGUUCAUGACUGAUAAACCUGAUCAAGCGAGAGAAGAUUUCUUUAUGCUUGAGCAAACAAUAAAAGGUGGAACAAUGACCUAUCUAGCGCGUUCUGUUGUCAACAGCGUUUUAAACGACUCGUUAGUGUUACAUGGAGAAGCUGAGAAGCAGUGUCUUAUUUCGUGAAGGUUAGCAUGGGUCGUACUGGUUCGUGUUGUGUUAGCACACAUCGCGAAAUAUCGGCUCGAGUAGUCUGUAGGCUUGAGUAGUUGAAGAAAACAAAGUCUGUUUGUAUUCCAGUUUAAUAUGAAAGCCUUACAAAUUUCUUGGGUUCCGUCGAUCGUGAACGAGUCAGAAAAUAAAUGAAUAUAUUUUUUGAAAAAACACAAGACAUAAAUUUCACGAGAUAUAACUUUAUUAUUUAGUUUAUGCAAUUUUUAUUCAUACAUUCUUAAAUUUUUUAUAAAAAAAAUUGUCAGUAUUUGAAAAAACGGCUUUUUAUACUAUCUACAGUAGAUGCAAUAUCAAUAACAUCGCAAUCUGUUCGCGAUCCAAAAACGAAUAACUAGGGAUUGUGGGCAAAAUGGGAAAAAAUAAUGCUGGAGACAAAAAAUUGGUGAGGUAAUUUAACUUGGCGGGUAGCUAAAAUAAUUAAUUUUUGCACUAAUGUUUUAUUUGAUGGACAGCGAAUAAAAUUGAUUUUGGUGUAAAAAAUAAGAUUUUUCUUUAAAGAGGCAUUUUAUUGUUUUUUAUGAUGAUUUGAUAAAAAGAAAUUCGAUGAAAAGAAA